CCUCCUCCUCCUGCUCCUUUUCUCCUUUUUCUCCUCCUGCAUGGGGGUGCUGCCUAAACGGCAUAACGCAUGCGCUUUAUGUUCACCGCUUGAGCGCGCGGGACGAGAAACACGACACGGCUGCGGUAUUCACGUUCCGGGGCGCGCGUGGAUAAAGCGCACAUGCAGGAGAGCGCGCGCUUGGCUUGGAGCGGGUCUGUACAUCGCUGCAGGAUCGGUGUCGGUGCGCUGGGGAGAGAGAGAGAGAGAGAGAGAGAGAGAGAGAGAGAGAGAGAGAGAGAGAGAGAGAGAGAGAGAGAGAGAGAAGGGUGGAAUGGGAACCUGCCGACCAGACAUUCUCUGCGCGCACACACACGAACGAACACAGACGCACCAGGAGACACGCCGCUGCUCCACAGGUGAUGCGUAUUAAGUGAACUCAGCUCGAGCAUUUUUUUUCAUCAUUAUUUUUAUUUUUUCCACUUUAGUUUUAAACCUCAUGCACAUGUGGAUUAUAUCUGAGGUUCUAUUCCAUGUCUCUGUGGACGUGCGCCGUAUCUGAUCGCCGACAUCAGGGCUGAGCGUAACGGAGCCGUGUUUCAGUUGGAGACCAGACGCCUUUAACGCAGGACACACACACGGAAAGAGAGAGAGAGAGAGAGAGAGAGAGAGAGAGAGAGAGAGAGAGAGAGAGAGAGAGAGAGAGAGAGGACGCAUUAAAGGACAAGGACGAGGACUGCUCUAGCCAUGAUGAACCCUGUCGUGUUCAAUAAGCUGAGCGGCCCUGUGCUGUUUGAGGAGAAGGCGAGUGAGGUGGAGAGGAGCAGCAGGAAUUAUCUGGAGGUGAUUGACGAGCAACAUGUGGAUCUGCUCUCCAGGAGCCACCAGAUCACCGACAGCUCUGUGAUGAGACACAGGAGACCAGGGUCUCGUCAGAACGGAGGGAAGGUUCGGCACAAGCGUCAGGCUCUUCAGGACAUGGCUCGACCGCUCAAACAGUGGCUCUAUAAACACCGGGACAAUCCGUACCCCACCAAAACUGAGAAGAUCCUUCUCGCUCUCGGCUCCCAGAUGACGCUGGUGCAGGUGUCUAACUGGUUUGCAAACGCACGACGGCGGUUGAAGAACACGGUUCGGCAGCCAGACCUCAGCUGGGCUCUCAGGAUUAAACUCUACAACAAAUACGUACAGGGAAACGCUGAGAGACUUAGCAUUAGCAGUGAUGACUCCUGCUCAGAAGACGGUGACCCGGCUGCUCGAGCCCAGACAGGUGAGUUCAGCAAGCCCAUGUACCAGAGUGUCAUCAAAAAAGAGAGCAACAGCGUGGGGGCGGGUCUUCGGGUGGCCGCAGAAGCCUCGUUGGCUGAGGACUACGUGUCUCCGCCAAAAUACAAGAGCAGCCUGUUACACCGCUACCUGAACGACUCACUGCGCCACGUGAUUGUGGCCAACGGUGUGACAGACGCCCGCAGGAGGAACCACUCCGGCUCCUUCAGCUCCAACGAAUACGACGAGGAUCUCCUCUCACCGUCCUGCUCGGAAACAGAGGCCAACUUCGUUUACCGUACAGAGGCUGUGGAUCAUGGAUCAACCAAAUGUGACAACGUCAUGCCGAAGGAAAAAGGACGUGGGAAAGACGACACGUACUGGCGAGAGAUCAACGCAGCCAUGGCCCUGACCAACCUGGCCAAGCCUAAGGACGGUGCUCCUGCUGGCACCACCAGCUGCAUCAUCCAGAAAUCCUCCCAUAUAGCUGAAAUCAAAACUGUCAAAGUACCCAUCAUGCACAAGUACUAGCAACCUUCUCGUAUGGGAUUCAACACAACGUGACUUUCUUAACUUUUGGAAUUUGCAUAUUUGUAUUUGUUUAUAUUUUGUUGUACUUAUGAAUAUGAAGUAGACUAAUAUUUUUUGUGUGUGUGUGCGUGUGUAUGUGCUUUAAUUUGGAGUUGUUAUACUGCCCUGAAAUGCAGCACUUCGUCGUUUCGAGGUUUGUGCCUUUUUCUAUGCACAAGCGCUUUUCAAGUGUUGAUGAUAACGGUAUUGCAGAACGAGACACUUUUGCAUUGUUAACUUAUUUUGAUACGACUUUUUUUUGUACUCUGUUCUAUCAUGCCAAAGUGCCUUCGUGUAAACUGAAAAAAAAAGGAGAAGCGCACAUCUUUUACGUGACAUUCCCUGCUGCAGUUCCUGGAGUUUUUCUAAAGUUUCACAAUAUUUAUACACUGCCCGAUGUUCAGAAUGAUCAUGUAUUGUGUCAUGUUUACACCAUUUUCAUAAUAGGAUCCGGUCAGUGAUUCGUCACUAACGGUACAAUCAGACACAACCGCUUAACGUCAGCAUCGCUUCCUAAGUUAAAAUAACUCUAAGGCUUUCCUUUUUUUACUUUUAGACUUAUUAACCUGUCAAGCAUCUUCACACAUGAGCUAGUUAUUAUUUUCAACCCAGAUCACAAGCAAGCUUUCAUAAACACACUAUGAAAAUGUUUGUGCUUUGCUUUCCAAAGCCUGUAGUCGUUGUAAUUACGACUAGGCUGCCAAGAUGGCCGCCGCGACGUAUCCUGCGGUCGUUUGGGGCAUUACUUAUACACGUCCUAUGAAAUACAAACAUAUAUCGUAUAGAUAUAUCAUGUGUCACUGUGUCCACAACCGACUAAAACUAGUGCUGUGUCUUUAAUUAGAUUCUCAUGUUAUUGACAGUAAUAGAGUACUAACACUAGCCAGUUGUCCUAUUAGGGUUAGAGCUUCAAUUUAAAAAACCUCACAUGUAGCCUUCGAACCUGCCCAGUGUUUUGUCUCGUAUACCAGUCUUUCAGAUUUGAGGUCUGAAAAGGUCGAGAUGCAGUUCAUGACGACGAAAGCGACGACUGCAGGAAGAUUUAUAGAGAAUCGGUGUUUAACAUUUUACAGUUAAAAUCUAGUGGAUUUAAUAGUCUCUUUGGUUCAUAAGUUAAAAUUGGAUCUAGUGGAUUUAAUAGUCUCAUUGGUUCAUAAGUUAAAAUUGGAUCUAGUGGAUUUAAUAGUCUCUUUGGUUCAUAAGUUAAAAUUGGAUCUAGUGGAUUUAAUCGUCUCUUCGAUUCAUAAGUUAAAAUAUGAUCUAGUGGAUUUAAUAGUCUCUUCAGUUAAUAAGUUAAAAUUGGAUCUAGUGGAUUUAAUAGUCUCUUCGGUUAAUAAGUUAAAAUUGGAUCUAGUGGAUUUAAUAGUCUCUUCGGUUCAUAAGUUAAAAUUGGAUCUAGUGGAUUUAAGAGUCUCUUCGGUUCAUAAGUUAAAAUUGGAUCUAGUGGAUUUAAUAGUCUUGUUGGUUCAUAAGUUAAAAUUGGAUCUAGUGGAUUUAAUAGUCUUGUUGGUUCAUAAGUUAAAAUUGGAUCUAGUGGAUUUAAUAGUCUCUUCGGUUAAUAAGUUAAAAUUGGAUCUAGUGGAUUUAAUAGUCUCUUCGGUUCAUAAGUUAAAAUUGGAUCUAGUGGAUUUAAUAGUCUCUUUGCUUCAUAAGUCAAAAUUGGAUCUAGUGGAUUUAAUAGUCUCGUUGGUUGAUAAGUUAAAAUUGGAUCUAGUGGAUUUAAUAGUCUCUUUGGUUCAUAAGUUAAAAUUGGAUCUAGUGGAUUUAAUAGUCUCAUUGGUUCAUAAGUUAAAAUUGGAUCUAGUGGAUUUAAUAGUCUCUUUGGUUCAUAAGUUAAAAUUGGAUCUAGUGGAUUUAAUCGUCUCUUCGAUUCAUAAGUUAAAAUAUGAUCUAGUGGAUUUAAUAGUCUCUUCAGUUAAUAAGUUAAAAUUGGAUCUAGUGGAUUUAAUAGUCUCUUCGGUUAAUAAGUUAAAAUUGGAUCUAGUGGAUUUAAUAGUCUCUUCGGUUCAUAAGUUAAAAUUGGAUCUAGUGGAUUUAAGAGUCUCUUCGGUUCAUAAGUUAAAAUUGGAUCUAGUGGAUUUAAUAGUCUUGUUGGUUCAUAAGUUAAAAUUGGAUCUAGUGGAUUUAAUAGUCUUGUUGGUUCAUAAGUUAAAAUUGGAUCUAGUGGAUUUAAUAGUCUCUUCGGUUAAUAAGUUAAAAUUGGAUCUAGUGGAUUUAAUAGUCUCUUCGGUUCAUAAGUUAAAAUUGGAUCUAGUGGAUUUAAUAGUCUCUUCGCUUCAUAAGUCAAAAUUGGAUCUAGUGGAUUUAAUAGUCUCGUUGGUUGAUAAGUUAAAAUUGGAUCUAGUGGAUUUAAUAGUCUCUUUGGUUCAUAAGUUAAAAUUGGAUCUAGUGGAUUUAAUAGUCUCUUCGGUUCAUAAGUUGAAAUCGGAUCUAGUGGAUUUAAUAGUCUCUUCGGUUAAUAAGGUAUGCAGACGUGGUUGUGAAAUUCUGCAUGCAAAGUCACGUCAUUAAUAAAAACAGGACGAGGUGUUAAGUUUGCUAAAUACGUAUGUGCAUCGCUUGCUAUGUGAAGUGUAAGAUUGGACAUGGUUAGCUGCAGCUGCUCGACUACAGCAAAAGUCAAGUUUUAGUGUUUUACUUUUCGGAGUAUGUCAUGCAAUAGAAUGGAAAUAACCGCUACGAAGUAACUCUAUAUCCGAUGACCUCGCUACUGCUCAUUCGGCUGGACAUCGAGUAAACGAUUUCCUUCUGCUUUAGUAGGGCAGAACAGUUUAGUUAGCCGGAUAUGCUUUCAAAUUUAGACUCAGUGUUUAAGAACAAGUGCCUAAUUCUUAUUUUUAUUGUAAAUAAUAAAAUAGUAUCCUACUUUGGCAUAUAAAGUACCGUUCCAAUAGGUAACGACAUAACCAGCAAUAACCGAGCAUAUAGAUUUGCUUAUGAACUCUGUGCUUGCUGACUGAUGCCAACACUAUGCCAUCCUGCACCCGGGUCAUGUUUGGAGUUUAUGCAUUUUCUCUCAGAUACUCCAGGAUACAGAUCAAAAUCACCUUAAGUGCCUCUAGGAAAAGACCGACUGCCUUAGACGUGUCUGUUUACCGUGAAUAACCCAUGCACAAAAUGGAUAUAACACAUGGUGUUAAAUUGCUAUGAUAUGACUCAGUAAGACAUAUGUCCAUGCACACACACACACACACACGCACACACACACACACACACACAUACACAUAAGGCUGUAAUUAUAACAUGUGGCUACAAUUAUAAUACUGGUUUGUCUCUUUAAGAGAUAAUUUAUCUAUCAUCUGCCAACACCAGGGAAAGUUCUGUCAGCAUCAACUGUUUAAUGUAAUGGUGCUUUAAUGCAACGUGAGCCUGAUUCCUGCAGACACACAUGGUAUUGUUCAACGAGCACAUGUGCCAACCAUGCCAUUUAUUAUUACUCUUACCGACACCGUGUCCUCCCAUUCUAGCGGCUAGCUGACUAAUAAAGCCAAAAAAUACUCUGCGUUAAAUGUUAAAUUCGGUCAUUUAAAUUAGCGAAGUGGGAACAACACGAUUUUUCACGAGUCUUGAAGUACAGGUUUUAAGGCAAGAGAUGGAGAAAUCUCAAGACCGACAUCUCAAGUCAUAUCCUGAUUAAUGGCAGAUAAACUUUUGUUUAAAGAAAAAAAAAAAGACUAAAAUCAUUUCCCUAGUAAAAGCAGUCAAUUCCUGAGAAUAAAACAAAUAAGUGUCAUGUCAUGUCCCAAGUCUGAAGAACAAGCCUCAAGUCAAGUCCCAAGUACUUGGUUAUUUCCUGAGUCAAGACAGACAAUUCCAAGAAAAGGUAGACAUACCAAGUCUUAUCAAGUUAUAAAUAAAGAUAGAAGUAAAGAUGGAAUCUCAAGUCAUAUCCUAAUUAAAGACAAGUUUCAACCAGUCUCAAGUCAAAUGGAUUAAAGUUGUACAAGCGCCAAGUCUCAAGUUAAAAUCUUAAGUCCUGAGAAACUUGAUGACUUGACUUGAUUUCUCAAGUCAUCAUAAAUAUUAACAGAUAAGCACUAAGUUACUUCCUGAGUAAGGACAAUUACAGAAUCAAGUCCAAAGUAAGUUCUGUUAAAUUUCAUGUCCACUUGAGAAAAUGUAGAAAGUCUCAAGAAUAGAAAUACAAGUCUUAAGUCAUUCAAGUCAUGUCCCAAGUCUCAGGAAUUGAAAUACAAGUCUUAAGUCAUUAAGGUCAUGUCCCAAGUCUCAAGAGUAGAAAUACAAGUCUUACGUCAUUAAGGUCAUGUCCCAAGUCUCAAGAAUAGAAACACAAGUGUUAAGUCAUUAAAGUCAUGUCCCAAGUCUCAAGAAUAGAAAUACAAGUCUUAAGUCAUUCAAGUCAUGUCCCAAGCAAAAGACAAACAAGUCUCAAAUUCCAAGUAAAGACAGACACGGCUCAAGUCGAAUCCAUGGUCAAGUCACUUCCCAUGUAAAGACAGACAAAUCCCAAUGAAGUCCAUUUCCACAUAUAAAAUUAGCAACAAUGAAGAAAUCAAAGUCUUUAAAAGUAAAAUGACCAGAGUUUCCUUUACUAGACAGUCAAGGUCACGGCCAAAAGGGACUUUUACCUUGUUAUCAGUAUUAUUAUUGUAAUAAAUAUGUUGUCUUCUCAUAUGUUCCUGUUUAAGCAGCAGAAAUCUUGGCCCACUAUAUAGAAAACAUGCAGCUGGUGAGAAUUAAAGCUCAAAUUGAUGUUUACAAGAUGUUAGAAACAGACAUCUAUGUUUUCUGAAAAGAAACACCACUUCAGUGUUAUUUCAGUUUCCGACCGUAAACGUUUUGUGCGUCCGUGCUGCGAUCCGCCCGUACGUACGGCGGAGACGUUUACUAAGAUCGCGUCGGACGAGAAUGACAUCAUUACGUAUUUAUGCAAAGCACGCGAACAGGACAAAGACAGGGCCACGUCAUGAGAGACAGCGAUACCAGAUGAAGGUUGUACAUGUAUACCAUAUCGCACUGGUGCAUGUAUUUUUUUUUUCUUUAUGCCUUCUUGGCCUUAUGUCUGACAGAAAUCACCAGUCUCGUGGUGAGAAAGGCCAAAGAUUUAUCUGUAAAACAUGCAUGCGCUCAGCCCGGAUCUAGUCAAACACACGCAUGUCUUUCUUCUCCUUCAAACUGAAACAUUCCAGUCCAUUCACUGAUGCUGCUGGUAAGAGUGUCUCACCUCUGAGUCAGAAGACAAUUUGGAAAGCCAACAUCCUCCAUUUUUACUCAGGAGGGAAAUUCCGUGAUGCUUUAAAUGAACUCCGAUGAACUUUUAUGGACCAAGGUGAAAGGAAGAUGUUGCAAGCGAAGACAUCUGUCAUCCGGAAUGGAUCUUUUUUUUAUUUUUAUUUUAUUUUAUUUUAUUUUUAUCCUGAACCUCCAGUUUUGUACUGUAAUUUGUUUCGGGUUCAGUUUAAUUAUUCCCCCGGACAAUAUUACUUGCUUUCGAAAGAUGAUGACGGACAAAAGGCGAUUGUUGCUUCAGAACAUCUUUAAAUUAUUAUGGACUGUUAAAAAAAAAGAAAAAAAAAAAAGAACUGGUGAUGAUAGCCUAAUUUUUUUUAAACCGUUAAGUUAUAUACAUGUAUAUCUAUUUUUUUUUCUUUUGUUUCUUCAGAGACUGGAUGUUUAUCCAAUGACCAAAUGCAUAAUAUCACAUUUAUUCUCUGUUUUUUUUUUUUUUUUUAUUUCUCCUCCCAUCCCCAGGAACUAUGUUUACUUUCAAAGAAGAAUGAAUAAACAUUUGAAGAUGUGA